AUGGGCAAUCUAAAACUUGCAGUGAUCCUCAACAGCCCUAGAGACGACGCCGAGUUCCUGCUCGAGAAGCAAAAGAAGCCGGCGAAAAUCGGCGAUGAAGUUUACGAUUCCUUCGUCGAUUCCGAUCUCUGGGACUUGCCGUCAACAGAUUUACCGAUUACUGAAGGCGGAAUCAGGUCCGAGUUUGUCCUCUCGCUAGUUGAAUCAUGCUCGGAGGAGCUCGAUUUGAGGAAUUUCGACGUAGAAUCCGCCCUGAAUCGGCUGCUGGCGAAUUUAGGGAUUGAGUUUAGCGAUGUAGGAGAGUGGAGAUUCGUCAGGUACGUAGAGGAGCCUGAGUUUGGACCCGACGCCUCCGUCCGUACUUGUUUUAUCGCCGGAAAGCUGUUGAAUACAGAUCGAAAUUCUCAAGACAACCAUAAAUGGAUGAACAUGGAAGCAUGCUUUGACUCUCUGAUAGAUGUAAAACCGGGAAGUGAUCGUGUUGGGCCAUUAGUACUAAUCGGACUUGGGGAUGGUUCCAUGAAGCAGAGGUUGUCACCUUCUCAGCCUGUCCAGGAAUAUCCACCUGGUGUUAUGAUUGUGCCAAUGCGUAGCAGGACACUGAAACCUUUCAAGACAACAAAUUUGGUUGUAUUUGCUCCAGAGAAUGGUUCAGGGGAGCAUCAAGAGCAUCAAGAGACCGGUUCUGUAGCUUAUGGGGAUGCGUUGAUAGUGGAUCCUGGAUGCCAUUUUAAACUCCACGCUGAGCUCAAGAAAAUCGUUGGUGCUUUGCCUAGAAAGCUAAUUGUCUUCGUUACACAUCACCAUCGUGAUCACGUUGGUGGUCUUUCUGCUGUACAAGAAAGCAAUCCUGAUGCUGUUCUAGUGGCACAUGUCAAAACUAGGAAUCGCAUUGGUAGUUGGUCUGGUAAGUUUACCCCAGUUUCCGGAGGAGAAAACAUCUGUGUCAAUGGUCAGAGAUUGUCCGUCAUUUUUGCUCCGGGACAUACAGAUGGCCAUAUGGCACUACUUGAUACCUCCACUCGUUCUCUGAUUGUUGGUGAUCAUUGUGUCGGUAAAGGAAGUGCUUUCUUGGACAUCAGGUCAGGUGGGAAUAUGACAGAGUACUUUGAAACGACGUAUAAGUUCUUGGAUCUUUCUCCAAAUGUGGUGAUUCCCAUGCAUGGAAGGGUCAAUGUGUGGCCCAACAACAUGCUCUGUGGAUAUCUCAAAAAUCGCAGAAGCAGAGAAGAAUCCAUCCGAAAGGCCGCUGAGAAUGGAGCGCAGACGUUAUAUGACAUAGUUUCCAAUGUGUACUCAAGCGUGGACCGUAGUUUCUGGUUGGCUGCUUCCUCAAAUGUAAGGCUGCAUAUCGACAAUCUGGCUGUACAAAACAAAUUACCAAAGGGAUUCUCAAUGCAAAAGUUCAAAGCAAGUUGCGGAUUGUGUUUUUGGAUACGGUGGAUACCGGGUUAUAUCAUCAGCCGGAUUCCAUUCAAGAUCAAUAAGCCAAGUUUUAUCAUGUCACUGGUAGCUGCAGGAGCUGGAUGUAUUCUUAUGUACGUAUCCAAAAGGAAGAACAAGAUUAGUAUUGAUGAGUGA